GCAAAGUAGAAAAACACAACCGGAAUCCAAUUUCCGAACAACCGCUGUUUCUACGGCCAACCUCCGUUCGAAGCGAACUUAGAGCUGAUAUAAUGUCAUAAUAGUAUUACUCGUGGUUUUCUGGAUAGUGUUAUCUUUAUGGCAUGCUCCUUAAGAAAAGCUAUCGCAGUUUGCUUUGUCUUCAGAAAAAGCUACUCUUCUAUUCUUGCUGUCGCUUCAAAUGCCAUCAGAUUGACCUGCAAUAGCACAUGUGUGUCCACAGAUUCCUCAAUUUCAUAUGAAAACUAUAAACCAGGAGGUGUGAUGUUUUCUCGACAGUUCUGUUCCAGUAGAGAGCCAGAGACAUUAUCUUGGGGUGUGUCAUCUGACAUUGUUUUGCUGGGAAAGCUUGAAAGUGCAUUGAGGAAUCACAACUUGGAAGAGGCUUGGGAAACCUACAAGGAUUUCAAACGUCUUUACGGUUUUCCUGACCCCUUACUUGUAGAUAAGCUUCUCACUGAGUUGUCGUACUCAUCUGAUCCUGGAUGGCUUAAAAAGGCAUGCAAUAUGGCAGGAUCUAUUUUGAAAGAGAAAAGGGAGUUGCUACGCACAGAGUUAAUGACCAAGCUCUGCCUAUCGUUGGCUAGAGCUCAAAUGCCCGUUCAAGCAUCAUCAAUUCUCAGACUGAUGUUGGACAAAGGAAAUCUCCCACCUAUUGACAUGCUAGGGAUGAUAAUAUUUCACAUGGUGAAGACUGAUACUGGAAUGAUUGUGUCAUCAAACAUUUUGAUUGAGAUGUAUGGCAGCUCUCAACAAUUAGCCACAAAGAAAUCCACUUGCACUGAGUUAAAUAAACAUAAUACACUUCUUUUUAAUCUUGUUCUUGAUGCUUGUGCAAGAUUUGGAUCAUCCAGUAAAGGCCAUCAGAUUAUCGAGUUAAUGGCCCAAGUUGGAGUUGCAGCUGAUGCUCAUAGUAUUUCAAUUAUUUCCUUGAUCCAUGAGAUGAAUGGUAUGCGGGAUGAAUUAAAGAAAUUUAAGAAACAUAUAGAUCAGGUUUCAGCUCCAUUGGUUUCCCACUAUCAGCAAUUCUAUGAAAGUCUCCUGAGUUUACAUUUCAAGUUUAAUGAUAUUGAUGCUGCUUCUGAUCUUGUACAAGAUAUUUAUGGAUUUCAAGUGUCCCAUCACGAGCACGGAGAUGAAACACAACCACCUAAACCGUGCCUUGUUGCUAUUGGCUCUGAUAAUCUGAGAACAGGAUUGAAAUUACGACUUUUUCCUCAUUUAAUAUCAAGGGAUUCUGUUUUCAAUGUGGGACGGAAUCAGGUGCUUGUUAUGUAUAAGAAUGGGAAACUUGUCCUUAGCAACAGAGCAUUGGCCAGGCUUAUUAUACAGUACAAGAGGGGUGGGAGAAUUAAUGAGCUGUCAAAGCUUCUCUGUAGUAUCCAGAAGAAGGGCUCAGUUGAAUCUAGUAGAAUGUGCUCUGUUGUGGUUGCUGCUUGCAUUUGCAUGGGUUGGUUUGAAACUGCUCAUGAUAUUUUGGAUGAUUUGGAUUCUGAAGGAAAUCCGCUGGACACUAAUUCAUACAUAUCUCUGCUGACUGCAUAUUGCAACAAAAAUAAGCUAAGGGAGGCAGAGGCACUACUAAAGCAAUUAAGAAAAUCAGGUGUGGUCAUAAAUGCAUCUGAUCCAUUGUUAGCUCCUGCAUCUGUGUGUGAACUGGAAAAUGAAAGAAAGAAUAAGCUGAAAGAAUUAGGCUCUCUGGCGAAAGGGGAGCUGGCUUACCAUAUUGCUGAAGAAAUGAGAGCAGAAGAAAAUGAGGCUUAUUUUAUGAUGUAUGAUUUAAAUUUUUCUAUCUACUUUUUUAUGAAGGCUCACAUGGUUGAAGAUGCCGUAAGGGCUUAUCGAAAAAUGCAGGCAAUGAAGAUCCAUCCUACAGUGUCAACUUUCAUGAAUCUGCUUAAUGGGUAUUCUUCUUUAGGUAUGUAUCGUGAAAUUACAAUCUUGUGGGGAGAUAUUAAAAGGAACAUGGGAAGUUGUAAAGACUUGAAUACCAGGAAUUUAUACGAGUUCUUGCUGUUGAAUUUUCUUCGAGGCGGUUAUUUUCAUAGGGUGAUGGAGACUAUUGGUUUGAUGAAAGAUAAUGGCAUGUAUUUGGACAAGUGGAUGUAUAGACGUGAGUUCUUGAAAUAUCACAAGGGUCUUUACCUAAGGAUAAAAGUAUCUGACGCUAAGAAUGACGGACAAAUUCAGAGGAUUGAGCAUGUUAGGCACUUUAGGAAGUGGGUUGGCCUGGAUUAAUUCUUUCAGGUAUCAAAAAAUAUUCCCUCUGAUUGAAGGAAUGACCAUGCAUGUUAUUUCCAUAUCCUCUUUCCUUUAUUUACAUGCCUAACUGACCCCUGCUGCCCUGCUGAUAAAAUUUAAAAGAUCAGGAAAUUGUGUUCUGAUUGGCACUCCAGAUGUGAUUUUCUGCUCCUUGUCAGUCUUGAGUAGCUAGCUCUUUGAGCCGGAAUUGAUACUCCGACAUGCAUGGAAAUUGAAAAUUAUUCAUGGCUCCAGUGUCUACUCCACGCCUGUAGCUACCUGUCAUGGAGCUGAAAAAAGUUGCAAAGGAGAUAUUGGACCACUAGUUCCAAUUUGCAGACGGAACACUGAAAAGAUAGAGUCUCCCACAUUCUUCCCUUGUUGCAACUAAGUCAGUGCUUGUCUACUCCAAGGUUUGAGCACGUGACUUGCGCCUACAUGAAAACCACCCCCUAUUUCUGGGAAAAAGGACCUAGGCCUACUAAAGCAAGUACCAAUGAUUUACUGAAAAGAUCAAGGAGAAAGGAGCAAAAGAAGGGGUGAGAAAUGGAAAAACUUCAUCCGAAAAAAGAAGUGGACAAUCGACAGUGUUUUAUUACAAGUAGUUGUUUAGUUGGACUCGGUGCAAGUGUUGUUAUAGUGUUAAAAAAAAGUGAAUUUGUACUAUGAAAAUGCAGAGACUGUGAUAGGUCAUAUGAUGAUACAAAGAUUUGCUUUGUUAUUUCAAAAGUAAUUUUUUCUUUAUAAUGAUACAGAGAUUUCCAUACGUCAUUGUGCAAACUGAAGUUGCACUAGCUAGUAUUACAUAGUUCUAUAUCUGUAGUAGUCGUUAUAUUAGUUAUCCAAGUUUUAAGUACGUAACGCACAGACCAAUAUGCAAAACCAGUUUUCCCACCUGUCAUAAGAUAUAUUUUUCUUGUUAGUUUUUUCCUGAGUGUCUUCUUAUUCCCAAAGCUGAGGCUUUGUAGUGUAGCUCCUGAGCCAAAGUGCUUUGUUUGGGAAGACGAGUUCCUGUCAUUUCAUACAAUUCUGGCUAUCCUCUCUUCUCUAGAGAAACUUCCUCUGAAGUGACUACUACACCUAGCCUAUCUUUUCGCUUGCUCAUUGUUUUCUAUGUUAGGGUCUUGAUUCAAAGAUUUAGAAUAAAAGGUGCGAUGGAAGCUUUCGUAGUUUAUUUUAUAAGUUUUGAUAUUUUAUUUUACUUAGUAGGUUAGGCCUAACCUACCAAGUACAAGUAGAUCGUAGUCACCCCUUCUUCUACAACCUUUUGCAAUCACCAAGUUUAUUUAGUCUACAGAUGUAGUAGGAGGUGAACCACUUGCGCUCGAAUUUAUAUAUCUUUUUAUUCAUCCAAACUAAUACCAGAACAAAGCUUUUUCUUCUUUUCAAACUCUCACGAGUAUUUGAGAAAAAGAAACAAGCAAAAACAGAGACUAAUUUCCAG